GAUCCUGGGGGAGGAAAGAACGGAGGGGUCGGGAAGCCCCUCUUCAGUGGGCCCGCUAUGGGCAGGAGCAAGGGCAAGGCCCCCCAGCGCCCGGAGGCACCCGGGAGGCCGGCCUCGGGGGAGCAGGAGUCCGGGUCGGCCAGCGCGGACUGCGCGCCCAGCCAGGAGCGCCGACAGGGCCGCGGCAAGGCCCGCGGCGCGAGACGGGUCCUGGAGCCCGCCACCGCGGGAGGCCAGGGGACCCCCGAUCGCAGGAAGCCCACCGCAGAGGGGAACGGCGGCUGCACACGGCCAGGGACUGGGCCGCCCAUGGAGGGUCAGGAGAGAGGAGGCAGCGCGCGGCGUCGGGGACGCGGGCCUAAGGACAGCCGCGAGCCCGGGGACAGCCGUGCGGGGCGGGGGGCGGAGGGGAGUCUUCCCCGAGGAGAGCAGACGGGCGAGCGCGGCCGCUGCAGGAGGAGAGGAAAAGCGCGGGGACCCUCGGCUCGCCGGGGCGGCGGAGAGACCCGAAGCCUCGGUGGGGACACGUCGGGCGGAGACGGGGGCAGCUCCUGCCCGGACAGCGAAGCCCCCGAGGCCCGGGAAAGCGGCAGUCAGAGCGGCGGGGCCCGGGAGCUGCGGCCCAAGUCGGAGCAAACGGACACGGGCUCCGGAGGCACCCAAACCGGGCCGGAGUCAGCGCUGGAGCUGGGCGAGCGCCUGAGCAGCGACGGCCCGAGCGGCAACGGCAGGGGUAGCGACGAGCCCCCCGCCGAGCCCCGGAGCCAGGAAGGGUCGUCGGGGCCGGGGCCCCAGGGAGCAACCGAGGAUUCCGGGACAGACACGGACUCGACUCUGGAGGGGGCCGGCCCUGGACGGGAGCCACGGGCAGCCCCAGGAACGGCGAGCCGGGCCACGGAGGCUGAGCCGGACCGAAAAGCCGCGGCCUCCAGCCCCCGCGAGGGCAGCCGCGCGCGCGCCCCCUGGAGCUGGCGGGCUUCUCGGGACUCCAGGUCGGCCCGGGACGCGAGAGACAACAGGACGCAGGCGGAGACUGAGCCGCGGGGCGCCGGGCCCGGGAGAACCGAGGUCUCGACUGCCCGGGCUCGGUGCCGCCAGGUCGGAAAGGUGGUGGGGAAGGUGCAAGUGGCGGCGGGGGAGAGCGAAGCGGGGGCUUCAGGGAGAGACCGGCCGGGGGACUCAGCGCCGCUGGUGGCCCUCGUGGCGCUCCGCAGCCUCCGCGCGAGGUCCCCGCCAGGCCCCGCUCCCCAGGCCGCAGGUCCCCGUCGCGCCGACCUCAAGUGGCGGUUCCUGCGCGUGGCCCGGGCCCUGGGCCUCCUGCGGUGGCUGCAGCGGAGGCUCCGGCGGGUGGCAGGCGAGGGGCGGGGAGCCCGGCAGGGGGCGGGCGAGGGGCGGGGGGCGGGGCCGGCGGAGGGCGAGGGGCGGGGCCGCGGGCCGGGGCUGCGGCGCCGUCUAGCGCUGCGCCUGGCGGGCGUAGCUGGGCUAGGGCGACCGCCGAGGGCUCCCCCUGGCGACGGCCCGAGCUCCCCUCAGGUUGCGGAGACCCCAGGCCCCGACGAGCCUUCUGAGGACCAGGACCCGACUCCCGAUCCCAAGUUCGCGGUUGUGUUCCCCAGAAUUCACAGGGCGGGGAGGGCAUCGAGCAGCCGGAUUUCGGAGGAAGCGUCCGCGGACGCCCCCUCCGGGGAGGGGCGCGUUUGGGCCUGUGCAGAGGCUUCAUGGGACAGUGAGGGACGCAGGGCCAGUGGAGAAGAGGCGGACGGACUCCGCCGCGGCUCUCUUCUCGGCGUGACUCCCCCCGCUGAGUCCCCACUCGACGACAGCGGCUCCAGCAGCGAAGCGGAGCCCGAGACCUUGGAAGCCGAGGCUCCGGUGCACUGGGCGCAGGGCUCCGAACCCCGCGAGGACCCUGGUCCUGGCACCGCCGCACUGCUGCCCCGACUCGCCUUGGAGACCCGCCUGCGGCGGGAGAGGGGCCCGGACGCCGGCGGGUCCCCGAGGGAGCGGUGGGAGCCCGAGGAUGAGGCCGAGGAGGCGCUGGAGAGGGACCUGGAGCUGAGCCUCGGGCCGGGCCUGGAGGCGCCGCCCUCCCCGGGUGCCGAGGGCAGGAGCCUCGGGGCCGGCCUGGAAGACACCGAGGACCUGGCCCGACUGCGACCGAUGUGUGACAGCUCCGUGCUGCUGUGCCUCAAGAAGAGGUUUCACCUGGGCCGAAUCUAUACCUUUGGGGGACCCCUCCUCCUUGCUCUGAACCCCCACAGGCCCCUGCCUCUCUUCUCUCCUGAGGUCCUGGCCAGCUACCGCCCCAGGAAGGCCCCCAACACCACCCCACACAUCUUUGCCAUCGUGGCGUCAGCCUAUGGCCUGUCUCAGAGCACUGGCCAGGGCACGUGCAUUCUUCUCAGUGGGCAGAGCGGCUCAGGGAAGACAGAGGCUUCCAAAAAGAUUGUGCAGUUCCUAAGCAGCCUGGAGCAGGAGCAGAUGAGAGACAGGGGAUGUCAGCUGGAUGGCGUGCUGCCCCUGCUCAGCAGCUUUGGCCAUGCCAAGACAGUCCUCAAUGCCAACGCCAGCCGCUUCGGCCAGGUCUUAUGCCUCUGCCUGCAGCAGCCCCUGGGUUGCAUGCACCCUGGGCACCCCCACCCAGACUCCUGUGCCCACAGAGGAGUCGUCGUGGGAGCUUCUGUGUCACAUUAUCUGCUUGAGACCUCAAGGGUGGUGUUUCAGGCCCAGGCUGAGCGGAGCUUCCAUGUUUUUUACGAGCUGCUGGCAGGGCUGGACCCCAUGGAACGGGAGCAGCUCUCCCUACAGGGACCAGAGACCUACUACUACAUCAACCAGGGCCAGGCCUGCAGGCUCCAGGGCAAGGAAGAUGCCCAGGACUUCACAGGACUGGUGAAGGCCCUGCAGGUGCUAGGCUUGCGCCCUGAGGAGUUGACCACAGUCUGGGCCGUGCUGGCCUCCAUCCUGCAGCUAGGCAACAUCUGCUUCUCCUCUUCAGAGCGAGAGUCCCAGGAGGUGGCUGCUGUGUCCAGCUGGGCCGAGAUCCACACAGCUGCCCGGCUGCUCCGGGUGCCACCCGAGCGCCUGGAGGGGGCUGUCACCAGGAGGGUCAUGGAGACGGCCUAUGGCCAGGUCUGGAGAUCCCUGCCAGUGGAAAGUGCCAUUGAUGCCAGGGACGCCCUGGCCAAGGCACUGUAUUCGCGGCUCUUCACCUGGCUUCUGAGGAGGACCAAUGCAAGACUGGCACCGCCCGGGAAGGGAGGCAGCACGGACACCGUCACUGUCGUGGACGUCUAUGGCUUUGAGGCGCUGCGGGUGAACGGCCUAGAGCAACUGUGCAACAAUCUCGCCAGCGAGCGCCUACAGCUCUUCUCCAGCCAGAUGCUGCUGGCCCAGGAGGAGGAGGAGUGUCGGCGAGAGUUGCUGCCCUGGGUGCCCAUCCCCCAGCCUCCGUGGGAGUCCUGCCUGGACCUCCUAGCAGACCAGCCCCACAGCCUCCUGAGUAUCCUGGAUGCCCAGACAUGGCUGUCCCAGGCCACGGAUCACACCUUCCUCCAGAAGUGCCACUACCACCAUGGUGGUCACCCGUGCUACGCCAAGCCCCAGCUGCCCCUUCCUAUCUUCACUGUGCGGCAUUACGCAGGGACCGUCACCUACCAGGUUCACAAGUUUUUAAACAGGAACCGGGAUCAUCUUGACCCUGCCGUGGUGGAAAUGCUUGCCCAGAGCAGCCUCCAGCUGGUGGGCAGCCUGUUCCAGGAAGCAGAGCCCCCAUCUGGGGGAGGUCGAGGCAAACCCACGCUGGCCUCUCGCUUUCAGCAUUCCCUGGGGGACCUCAUGGCCCAGCUAGGCAGGAGCCAUAUCUAUCUCAUCCAAUGCCUCAACCCCAACCCCGGAAAGCAUCCAGGCCUCUUUGAUGUGGGACAUGUGGCAGAGCAGCUGCGCCAGGCAGGCAUCCUGGAGGCUGUGUGUGCCCGCAGUGCCAACUUCCCUGUGCGCGUGCCCUUCCAGGCCUUCCUGGCCAGGUUCCGGGCCCUGGGGACAGAGGGGCAGGGAGAACCCUCUGACCGGGAGAGGUGUGGUGCCAUCCUGAGCCAGGUGCUAGGGGCUAAGUCACCCCUCUGUCACCUUGGAGCCACCCAGGUCCUGCUGCAGGAGCCGGGCUGGCAGCAGCUGCAGCAGCACUGGGCCCAGCGGCGCUCGCAGAUGCUGCUCACCCUGCACCGAGGCCUCCUCACCUGCAUCUCCCACCAGCGCCUCCGCCUCCUGCCACGGAUGCAGGCUCGUGUGCAUGGGCUCCAGGCCAGGAAGCGGUACCUCCUGCGGCGGGCAGCUCUGGGACAGCUGCACACCAUCCUGCUGGUGGCCCGGCCCCUGCUCUGGAGACGGCGGAGACUGCAGCUUGGGCAUUGGUGUGGCUGGCACGGCGGCAGGGCCUCCGAGAAAGUGCCAAGCAUGGAGCUGGGGCGCCUGGAGAUCCCGGCCGAGCUGGCUGUCAUGCUGAAGACAGCGGAAGGCCGCCAGCAUGCCGUAGCAGAAAGCAUCACCGAGUCCCUGCCCCCGGAAGUCCCUGCCCGGCCCAGCCUGACACUCCCGCUGGACAUUGACCAGUUCCCCUUCUCCAGCUUCGUCUCCAUCAGCUUUCAGGAGCCAUCCUUGCCCAGCCCUGGGCAGCUGCUGGCCAAGCCCCUGACCCGACUGAAUGGUGAGAACCCUCAGCAUGCCCUGGAUAUCAACAAAGUGAUGCUGCGGCUCCUAGGGGAUGGGUCCCUGCCACCCUGGCAGGAGCAGAUCAUGGGUGAAUACCUGGUGAGACAGGGGCAACGCCGGCCGGGGCUGCGGGACGAGCUUUUCAGUCAGCUCGUGGCCCAGCUCUGGCACAACCCGGACGAGCAGCAGAGCCAGCGUGGCUGGGCCCUCAUGGCCAUCCUGCUCAGCGCUUUCCCCCCAAUGCCUACCCUGCAGAAGCCACUGCUCAAAUUUGUGUCCGACCAGGCCCCCAGAGGCAUGGCAGCUCUGUGCCAGCACAAGCUGCUGGGGGCCCUGGAGCAGAUGCAGCUGGCCCCUGAGUCUGCACGGGCCCACCCACCUACCCAGCUGGAGUGGACGGCUGGACGGCGGCGGGGCCGCAUGGCGCUGGACGUCUUCACCUUCAAUGAGGAGUGCUACUCGGCCGAGGUGGAAUCCUGGACCACGGGGGAGCAGCUUGCCGGGUGGAUACUGCAGAGCAGAGGCCUGGAGGUGCCACCUCGUGGCUGGUCCGUGUCAUUGCACUCCGGGGACUCCUGGCAGGACUUGGCUGGCUGCGACUUCGUGCUGGACCUGAUCGGCCAGACGGAAGACCUGGGGGACCCGGCUGGUCCCCACAGCUACCCCAUCACUCCCCGCAGCUUAGCUGAGGACAUCCCCCCGGCCCCUGGCGUCCAGGCCCCAUCACUGCCCCCAGGCCCCCCUCCAGGUCCAGCCCCAACACGGCCCAUCAGGAGCCACACAGAUGGGUCCCAGACCUCGGGGAGCCUGGACGGCUUCCUGGACCACCUCUUCGAGCCAGUCCUCUCCGGGGGCAACAGUGAUCUGGAGCAAGGCUGGGCUCUGAGAGGCCGCAUGAAGGGAGGGGGUGCCAUGGGGCCCAUGCAGCCAGGCAGCUACCCCAUGAUGUACCCAGGGAUGGUGCAGAUGCCCGGAUACCAGCCAGCCAUGAUGCCUGCACCCAUGCCCAUGAUGCCUGCCAUGGGCGUAGUCCCCCCCAUGCCAGCCAUGGUGGUGCCACCACAGCCACAGCCACAGCCCCUGCCUCCCAGCGUGGAUGCGAGGCAGCUGGCGGUCCAGCAGCAGAACUUCAUCAACCAGCAGGCGCUGAUUCUGGCCCAGCAGAUGACCACCCAGGCCAUGACCCUGUCCCUGGAGCAGCAGACACAGCAGCGCCGACGCCAACGCCAGGCCCCAGCUCAGGCCCCUGUCCCUGAAGCUGCCUCCCCACCCCCACCCCCACCCCCAGCCAUCACCCCCAAGCCCAAGAAGCCCCAGGUCCCCCAGGAGGAGCCAGAGCGAGAACCGGAAUCGGUGGAUGGCUGCCUGAGACAGGAGACCUUACAGGAGGCUGAAGACAGGCCCCAGCGGCCCAAGAGCUUCCAGCAGAAACGGGAUUAUUUCCAGAGGAUGGGGCAGCAGCAGAUCAAGGUGAAGACGGUGAAGCCUCCGGCCAAGGUGCAGAUUCCCCAGGGAGAGGAGCAGGAGGAGGAGGAGGAAGAAGAGAGACCGAAAGCAGUCCCGUCCCCUCCUCCACCCCCACCCCCACCCCAGGUAGUGAAGAAGCCACUGACACAAGGUGGGGCCAAAGCUACGAAGGAGGCUGAGGCUGAGCCGACCCAGGAGGUGGGGCCUGGCAGUGAUCGGCUGGCCCAGGGUAGAGCUGUGGUGCGCAGCUCAGACCCUGCGCCCCAGCGGGCAGAGCCCAGCAGGGAAAUCCGAAACAUCAUCCGCAUGUACCAGAGCCGCCCGGGCCCCGUGCCUGAGCCUGUGCAGCCGUCCAGGAGGCCCCCCAAAAAUUUCAUGAAGAAAAACAAUCCUAAGGACGAGGCUCUGGCUAAGCUGGGGAUCAAUGGUGCCUACUCAUCCCCUGCGAUGCUGCCCCCCAGCCCCGGGAAGGGCCCCCCACCAGCUGUGGCCCCUCGACCCAAGGCGUCGCCACGGCCUGGGUCCUCCACCACCAUCAAGGAGAAGCAGGCACCCCUUCGUGAGGUGUUUGGCCCGACCCCACCCACUGCCCAGGCACCCCCACCUCCACCAGCGCCUCCACUGCCUCUGCCCGGGGACCUGGGGACCCCUUCUGCUGAGCCCCGUGGCUCGACGGUGCCCAUGGGGGACCAGGGGGUCUCCACCCAGCUGCUCGUGCCCUCCGGCAGUGUGUGCUUCUCCUAUGCCAGCACCUCCUGGAAGUUGUUCCUUCGCAAGGAGGUGUUCUACCCCCGGGAGAACUUCAGCCAUGCCUACUGCCUCAGGCUUCUCUGUGAGCAGAUCCUGAGGGACACCUUUGCCAAGUCCUGCAUCCGAAUCUCCCAGGAUGAGCGGCGCAAAAUGAAACAGCUGCUGGGAGACCUAGAGGUCGGCCUGGAGUCACUUGACACCACUGAGGACAGUGUCAAGAAGCGCAUCGUGGUGGCCGCUAGGGACAACUGGGCCAAUUACUUCUCACGCAUCUUCCCUGUCUCGGGUGAGAGUGGCAGCGACAUGCAGCUGCUAGGUGUAUCCCACCGGGGGCUGAGACUGCUCAAGGUGACCCAGGGCCCCAGCUUCUACCCUGACCAGCUGAAGACUCUCUGCUCAUACAGCUUUGCUGAGGUCCUGGGUGUAGAGUGCCCAGACAGCUCUACCCUGGAGUUGUCACUGAAGAGUGAGCAGCUGGUGCUGCACACAGCCCGGGCGAGUGUCAUCAAGGCCAUGGUUGAGCUGUUCCUGAGGGAGCUCAAGAAGGACUCUGGCUACGUCAUCGCCUUGCGAAGCUACAUCACUGAUGACAGCAGCCUCCUCAGCUUCCACCGUGGGGACCUUAUCAAACUGUUGCCAGUGGCCACUUUGGAGCCAGGCUGGCAGUUUGGCUCCACUGGGGGCCGCUCCGGACUCUUUCCUGCCGACAUAGUGCAGCCGGCUGCUGCUCCAGACUUUUCCUUCUCGUCGGAGCAGAGGAAUGGCCGGCACAAGAGUCAGCUGCAGCACAGAGAGUCAGGACUGUGGGAUAGGGCGCCGGAGCACCCCGCCUUCCCUCAGAGCCAGGCACACAGUGAAGACUCGGAGGCCACCAGCCUACCCCCCUCUAUGGCCUACCUCUCUGUGUUCACGGACUCCCACAACUACACCAUGCAAGAAUUUGCCCUGCGCUACUUCCGGAAACCCCAGGCCUUGCUGCACCAGACAGGUGGAGGUGCUGAGCAGAAGGCCCCGGCCAGCUUGGUGCAGUACACCAAGGCUCCCAUCCAGGAAUCGCUCAUCAACCUCAGUGAUGAGGGCAUGAACAGGCAGGCUGUGGAAAGCUUCCAGGCGCUGAUGCAAUUUAUGGGGGACCAGUCUAAGCCGCGGGGCAAGGGUGAGAUGGAGCUCCUGUAUGAGCUGCUGAAGUUGUGCCAGGAGGAGAACCUCAGGGAUGAGAUUUACUGCCAGGUCAUCAAGCAGGUCACAGGACACCCCCGGCCGGAACACUGUGCUCGAGGCUGGAGCUUCCUCAGCCUCCUCACCGGCUUCUUCCCGCCGUCAACCACUCUGAUGCCCUACUUGACCAAGUUUCUACAGGAUUCAGGCCUGAGCCAAGAGCUGGCCCGGACCAGCCAGGAGCACCUCCAGCGGACAGUUAAAUAUGGGGGACGGCGGCAACUGCCCUUCCCGGGUGAAAUGCAGGCUUUCUUGAAAGGGCACACUGUCCGCCUGGUUCUAAUUCACCUGCCUGGGGGUGUGGAUUACAAGACCAACAUCCAGACUUUCACAGUGGCAGGAGAAGUGCUGGAGGAGCUGUGCGGGCAGAUGAGCAUCAUGGACCCCCAGGAAGUGCAGGAAUUUGCCCUCUUCCUCAUCAAAGGGGAAGGUGAGCUGGUGCGGCCCCUGCGGCCCGACGAGUACCUCAACAGCGUGAUGGUGGAUAAGGACGUGAGCCUGCACAGCCGGCGGCUUGGCUGGGAGACCCAGCUGCACUUCGACAAUCCCACCUACAUCAGCACCCACUACAGCCAGGUGCUGCGGGACUACCUGCAGGGGAAGCUGUUGGUCAGUGCACAGGCAGAGGACCUACUGGCCAGGCUGGCCGCCCUACAGCACCUCAGCAGGGCCUUUCAGGAUACCCCCUCAGAGCAAGACCUGUUGGCUUACUUGCCAAAGACACUGCAAUGGCAGGUGAGAAGGGCCACCAUAAGGAUGCUGAUGGGCCAGGAGCUGAGGCGGCUGAAAGGAUGCACCUCCCAGGAAGCGCAGACCAGCUUCAUCGAGGCCGUGAGGCAGCUGCCCCUCUUUGGCUACACUGUCUACGUGGUGCUCCGAGUAAGUGAGGUGGCCCUGCCUGGACCUGGCUUCCUGGGGCUGAACCGCCAGCACAUCAUCCUCAUGGACCCCAGCUCCCAGAAACUGUGCUGCUCUGUUGCCCUGAGGGAACUGCAGCGGAUCCACCUGCUGAGCCCACUGGAGGAACAGGGGUCCCCUGGCCUGGAACUCAACUAUGGCUCGGCUGACAGCCCUCGGACCAUCUGGUUUGAGCUGCCACAGGCCCAGGAGCUGAAGCACACCAUCACCUUCCUGAUGCACAGCGGCAUCGCCUCCGAUUAAUGGCCGGCCUCACCCAGGAGGAGUGGGGGAGGGGCAGAGAGGAGGAAGGGGCCUCUCCCUGGCCCAAGUCUCACUUGGACAGUCUCCCUUGGGUGCUGUCAGGCCAUUUUGGUGUGGACUUCACCACUUGGCUGUUCUGGAACCUACCGCAGCACAGCCCGGCUAGCCCACGUGGAGGCCAUGAGGCAGGAGCUGCUACAGUGAUGUCAACUGGGAAAGACAGCAGCGAGACUCCCUCAUGGUGGGCCUGGGGCGGGGCUGCAGGAACUCAGCUUGGGCAUCUGAUGUUGCCCAGUCUCAGGGAGAUGCCCACCUGGCCCCAGGCCCUGGCUCAAAAUCAGCAGGAACCCAGCCUGGGAGAAGCAGCUGCUAAAAUAAAACACCUGAGAGAAAAGAGCUGCGUGUGCAUGCGUGUGUCAGAAUAAACAGGACUUUAUUCCUCCGG